AUGGUGAAAAACGCUGAAUUGUCGCAUGGACUCCUCGGAACAACACUUCAAUGGGAGGAUGUGGAGAAAAUUGCUAGAGAAUGUGCCAAAAAGGAUAUCAAUUUGAAAAUUGGAGAUGAGAAAUCGAUUAAACCACUGGCAGAGGGAGUGGGCCUCCAAUCGCUUCUGGGCAUUGCUGACGUGGACUGGACUGUGGAAGCUGGGGAAAAAUUACCGUAUCCAAAGAGAUUUGCGCUCAAAAUUGGAUCUCCAGUUGCCUUGCUCCAGGCUCUCGAAGCGCAGGCUACAAAGUUGACUCCAAAAAUUGCUGCUGACAUUUCCGAUGAGUUUAUCAAGUUUUUGCCACCGUGCCACAACUCCGAAAUCUUUUUCUACAACUACAUUCAAUCGAAACUCCGCCCCCUUUCCAUUCUCCCCAAAUACUAUUUUGGGCGCGAAAUUCAAAUUAUGCCAGAAACCGGAGACUACACAAAAGGGUGUAUUGCAAUUGAGCUAGUGGAAAAUGUCAAAACUUUGUCUCCUCUGGAAAAUUUUUCCGAUUCUCAAAUGAUUCAAGUUUUGGAGAAUUUGGCAAAAUUACAAGUUGAAUUUAUCGAUAUGGAUGAGAAUGAGAGAAAAAAGGCACCCCAUCAAGGACUCUAUGGACUCUAUCAGACAUUUAGGGAUUGGUUCCUCCAGCUCAACAACACUCUAAUGGCUCAUUUUCCGGAUGAGGAAAUGCAAAAGUUGACGGAAAAAUUCGCGAAAACGCUUCCAGACAUGAUUUGUGCGGAUCAAUUGGAUCGUAUUCCCAAUAAAUUAGGAAUGAAAAAAGUUUUGGUCCAUGGAGAUUUGUGGUCGGCUAAUAUCAUGUGGGACGAGGAGGGGGAUUUCAAGAAAUUGAUUGAUUUCCAGCUCAAAAUCACCUACGACUUGGCCUAUCCCCGUGUCUCCGCUUAUCUUCUUCCAGCGCUCACCGCCAUUUUGGAGAAAGUGACAUCAAUGCCAGACAUCCCUGCCAAACCGGUCAUCUUGGGAUCCUUCAUCGCAAAAGUCAAAGGAAUCUAUCAGGAUAUCAUUGAAUACCAUGAGAAUCGCCCGGAAAUUUGA